GAUGUCUAAAACAUGCGACCAAUUUUGAAAGGGAGUCUUAAAGACUCUUAAAGGUCUACACUCGGAAGUUCGGCUUCAAUCUCUGAGCAGUUUUGCGCACUUUAGUACCAAUACAACUCCACGAACGGCAUCAUUCAUCCGGCUUUCUCUCCACAAUGUUGUUCACGCACGCCAUUCUUGCAACUCUGGCUACCAGCGUCCUUGGACAUGGUGUCGUUCAGACCCCAGAGCCCAGAACGACUGGCGCCAAGCAGGAAGAGCUCUGCGGAGCUGCAGUAACCAAGAAACUGGACAGCGAUAUCGCCGGACCUAUCGAAAACUCCCUUGCAGUAGCGGAUGCCGACUACAAGUGCAACCUAUUCCAAUGCCGUGGCUACCAGUAUGAAGAUAACGAGGACAACGUUCGCGUCGUCAAGGCCGGCGAAGUCAUCCCUUUCCACAUUGACCUUGUUGCUGGACACAGACCAGGACACGCGAACGUCUCCGUAAUUGAUCUUGCAAACAACACCAUCAUCGGCGAGCCGCUCAUUUCGUGGUCUGACUGGCCCACCACCGACCCCGACCCGUUGGCCGAUAGUAAGUGGAUACAAAAAUCAGCCAAGUUGCGUGUGCUUCCUACUGACAGACAUACAGCUGAUUGGAACAUCACCAUCCCCGACACCCUUGCCUCCGCUUGCGACGUUGGUGGCAAGUGCGCGAUCCAGUGGUUCUGGUAUGCCGAGACCAACAAGCAGACUUACGAGAGCUGCAUCGACUUCUACAUUGGCGCAUAGACCUAAGGUGUUGUACAAGACACGUCCGACAGCGCAAAGCAUAUUGACGACUUCAUGUUGUACAUAUUUUCCCCACAUACUGCACAUUCAUUUACCAUAGACAAGUACAUACUAGC